UUAGAAUUUACGAGGUGUACCAGAAGGAAGCAGGGAAAGUUGUCAGAGGGGAAGCUUCAAGAUGGUGAAAUUUGGGCUCCAAUUCAAAGCCACUUUGGAGAAUGUCACCAAUGUGAGACCAUUGGGCGACGACUUCCGCUGGUUUCUGAAGCUGAAGUGUGGAAACUGUGGCGAGGUCCCAGAUAAAUGGCAGUAUGUAACCCUAGUGGAGAGCGUACCACUAAAAGGAGGAAGAGGUAGUGCCAGCAUGGUGCAGAAGUGUAAGCUUUGUGCCAGGGAAAAUUCAAUUGAUAUCCUGGGAGAGACAAUCACACCUUAUAAUGCAGAAAACAGCGAAUGCUUCAAGACCAUGGUGCAGUUUGAGUGUCGAGGUCUGGAGCCCAUUGACUUCCAACCACAAGCUGGCUUCGCUGCACAAGGAGCAGAGUCUGGCACACAGUUCCCUGAAAUCAACCUACAAGAAAAAGACUGGACAGACUAUGAUGAGAAAGUCAGAGAGUCGGUGGGAAUAUAUGAGGUCACACACCAGUUCAUCAAGUGCUGAUGUCACUGUGAGAUGAGCCUCAGAGGUGGGCGAAUGAACACUACAGCCAAACAUCCUCAGGCCUCUUUCCUGGCAUCAAGGAUGCUAUAGAUGUUGAGGUGGCAUGGUUUGGUUGAUGAUGAACAUUGACAGGUGUGGGUUAACACCACAGGUUGUCCAUACGCGUCUUGGAUUAAUCAACACCUUUUAAAGGCUUUUUUUCACUGCCUCAAUAAAAUCGAAAUGUGAACAUUU